AUGGGAAAAGGGGAUGAAUACUCAUCUCCUCAAAUACCAUCUAGCUCAAAUCCCCCAACCAUUGAUAUACCAUCAAGUAACCGGUACUUUGUAGAUUACACCAGUCCCGAUUACUACGGACCACUUCCUGCGGCAAUGCCUUUUCCGCCAUAUCCUGAUGACGGGCAAUAUCCAAGAAACAUUCAAGUGAAUGUUAGUGACCCGACUCCUCUCAUGACUACAUAUUCCGCCACGAGUGAAAGAGUUGAUAUAGACGAACCAUCUAAAUGUAGAGAAACUGAUAUUCCAUGUACAUCUGAAAGCAAAGAAGAUAGACUAAAUUCAGAAGAAACUGAGGAUGGGAUUGUCGGGACACCACAUUUGUCGGAUGAAGUUGGUGGUGAUCCGAUUCAACAGCCAAGUUCGGGAAUGGAGUUUAAUACUUUUGAAGAAUUAAUGGUCUAUUAUAAGCAGUAUGGUAAGAAAAGCGGGUUUGGGGUAAUGAUAAGAAGGACUGAUAAAGGAGAUGAUGGAACUGUCCGAUAUGUUACUCUUGGUUGUGCUCGUGGUGGGAAGGCUCGGAAUAGGACAUUGAAUGUCGCUAGACCACGUCCAACAGGAAAGACAGAAUGUAAGGCAAAGAUUAAUGCCUUAAAAGUUGAUGGAAAGUUCCGGUUGACAACAGUGAAUAAUACCCAUAACCAUGACCUUAGUCCAAAUAAGGCUCGCUUCUUUCGAUGUAAUAGAGAAGUGAGUGACUCUGUAAAAAGAGUCCUAGAUAUAAACGAUAUGGCUGGUAUUCGAAUGAAUAAGAGUUUCGGAUCUCUCGUCGUAGGCGCUGGUGGAUUCGAGAACCUCCCAUUUUUAGAAAAGGAUUGUCGUAAUUAUAUCGACAAGGCAAGACAUCUAAGGCUUGGUAAAGGUGGUGCAGGAGCGCUUCAAGAGUAUUUUUGUAGGAUGCAGUACAAAAAUCCUGGUUUCUUUGCACUGAUGGAUUUGGAUGAUGAGGGGAGGUUAAGGAAUGUCUUCUGGGCAGACCCUCGUAGUAGGGCAGCCUACCAGUACUUCGGUGAUGUGGUGACAUUCGACACUACAUACCUGACGAAUAGGUAUGGGAUGCCCUUCGCACCAUUUGUUGGUGUAAACCACCAUGGGCAAUCAAUUCUGUUGGGAGCAGGGUUGAUUUCCAGUGAGGAUACAGAGACUUUUGUUUGGUUAUUCCAGACGUGGUUGAAGUGUAUGGAUGGUAUCGCUCCAAAAGCUAUUAUCACCGAUCAAGACAAGGCGAUGAAAAAUGCAAUAGCUAUUGUUUUUCCUGAAAGCCGACAUCGACUGUGUUUGUGGCAUAUACUGAAAAAAGUGCCCGAGAAGUUGUCCUCCUAUGCUUCGUACAAAAGUGGGAUGAAGAAUGCAUUGAUGAAAUGUGUGUAUGACACGCAUACCAUUGACGAGUUUGAGAAAUCUUGGGAUGAGUUAAUCGAUACGUACCACUUGCAUGAUAAUGUCUGGCUGAAAAGUUUAUACACUGAGCGUGAAUCUCCUCUGGAGAAGAGAUUUCAAGAGUUGUACACAAAUGCUAAAUUUAGGGAAGUUCAGAUGCAACUUACCGGCAUUAUCGAUUUGGAUCCAGAGUUACUUAAGAGGGAUGGUGCAGUAAAGACCUAUCUGGUAGAGGAUGAAGUUCGUGUGGAAGAGUUCAGUAAGUUGGUUACGUUUUCUGUGGACUUCAAUGAGGAAGAUGCAGAUGCUAAGUGUUCAUGUGGUUUAUUUCAGAUGAGAGGUAUACUGUGUCGGCACAUUCUCGCUGUAUUUAAGUGUAAUGGGAGAAAAUCCCUGCCAGAGAAGUACAUUUUAGACCGAUGGAGGAAGGAUAUCAAAAGGAGAUACACGUUAAUCGAUAGCAGCUAUGAUGCAGGGGAUCAGCGGCCAGAUGCUUGCAGAUAUUCUAGUCUAUUAAAAGUCUGUUAUCAAAUGAUUACUUAUGCAGCGGGUUCAAAAAAACAUACUGAGGAUGCCACACAUAAGUUACAUGCAAUGAUUGAAUUAUAUAGUGAGAACCAAGAACCUCCAUCAAUUACCCUCACUGGUUCUAAUGUUGGUUGUACUCAAAAUGACACACUCACUGUGGGUAGUUCAAAACAAGUGCUCAGUCCAUUGGUUGUCAGAGGGAAAGGCAGACCCCCAUCUCUUCGGAGAGCAUCCAAGAUGGAGAAAAAGAUGCGGAAACUUAAAGGAAAGACAAAGAAAGCACCAGUAAACCAGAAACGUAAACAGAGAGAUGGAGGAGAUACACCAGUGCCAGACACAUGCAGGAAUUUAUUUGGCCCAUCAGUGUUAGAUGUUUCCAAUCUUGUUCAAGACAAAUCAGCUGUUGUCAUUGAUGGAACCCAGAUUGGACAAACAGUUCAAUUUGGGUUGGACGGAUCACAACCUGAACAACUUGGAUUGGAUGAUUCACAAUUGGAAACAUUGGGGUUUAUUGGUAGAAACAUUGGUGAAGGAUGUUCAAGAGCUGGAAAUGAUGUGAUGGAUUAG